CCUAGGUGUGAUGUGUUGAUCAAUAACUUGUCUGAGUCCUUUAAUAGUACAAUUCUAGUAGCAAGAGACAAACCUAUAAUUUCAAUGAUGGAAUGGAUUAGGUCAUACAUAAUGAGUAGGUUUGCCAGCCUAAGGGAAAAAGUUCAUGCAUAUUCUGGUGAUGUUAUGCCUAAACCAAGGAAGAGGUUGGAUAAGGAGGUUGAAAAGAGUGGCAAUUGGCUUCCUGUUUGGGCAGGGGGUUCAAAAUUUGAAGUAACUCAUGGCUUCACAAUGGAUAAGUUCAUAGUAGAUUUAAGUAAUCACACUUGUACUUGUUACUUUUGGGACUUAGUGGGAAUCCCAUGUAGACAUGCUGUUGCGGCAAUUCAUUACAAAUUAGAAAACCCAGAACAAUAUGUUCAUCCUUAUUAUAAAAAAGAUGCGUAUAGAACUUGUUAUGCACCUAUCAUAACUCCUAUCAAUGGCCAACAACUUUGGCCUACAUCUGACUCUGCACCACUUCUACCUCCCAUAUAUAAAACACCUCCUGGGAGGCCAAAAAAAUUAAGAAGGCGUGAAGCUGAUGAGUAUGUCAGCCACUCAAAAUUGUCCAAGAAACAGAUUGCCAUGAAAUGUAGCAGUUGCAAUGCUUAUGGCCACAAUGUUAGAAGUUGUAAAAAGGGGCAGAAAAGCAAGGAAAUAAGAAAUGCCUCUGCAACAACUUCUACUUCAGCUGCAAGACGAUCUGGAAGGGCUGCAUCUGCAUCAGCUGGAAGGGCUGCAUCUGCAUCAGCUGGAAGAGCUGCAUCUGCAUCAGCUGCAAGGAGAUCAAGAAGAGAUGAGGAAGACAUCCGUGAAGGGGGAAGGAGACUGCCUGAACACAUUAUAGGGUCUCAAGCAAGUUGCAAUUGAUGUCCUAGUGUAGGAAGUGACUUUUUGUACUUAGUCUGACCCACUUAGGGAGACCAUUACUAGUGGGUACAACAUUUUUUGUCAUGUACAUUAAAGUAGUCAGGGACCACUAGCUAUUGUUGACUGA